ACAGUAAGUGAUAAAUUUUAAAAGUUCUGCCACCUGAAUGGGUAUUGAUGGCUUGCAUUGAGAUUUCCAGCGAGAGGAUCAAGUGCUGUAUCAUAGAUGAUUUGGUAGGAGCGAAGGUGGUGUGUUCUGGAAAAUGGAAUUUGAUGAUUCAGAGUGGCUUAAGUGACUACAGAGACGCUGGUGUUGAAGAUGUCAUGAAACGGGUGCGCACCGAGCAGAUUCAGAUGGCCGUGUCCUGCUACCUCAAACGCCGGCAGUACGGGGACGCGGACGGCCCACUGAAGCAAGGCCUGCGGCUGUCGCAGAGCGCCGAGGAGAUGGCCACCAGCCUCGCAGUCCAAUCAGAAUCUGGUUGUGCCAACAUAGUGUCUGCGGCCCCUUGCCAGGCAGAGCCCCAGCAAUAUGAAGUGCAGUUCGGACGGCUGCGGAAUUUCCUCACCGAUUCUGAAUCCCAGCACAGCCAUGAAGUGAUGCCUCUCCUCUACCCCCUCUUUGUCUACCUCCACCUCAACCUGGUCCAGAACAGUCCCAAGAGCACGGUGGAAAGCUUUUACAGCCGCUUCCAUGGAAUGUUUCUGCAGAAUGCCAGCCAGAAGGACGUCAUCGAGCAGCUGCAGACCACCCAGACCAUCCAGGACAUCCUGUCUAACUUCCGGCUGCGGGCCUUCCUGGACAACAAGUACGUGGUCCGCCUGCAGGAAGACAGCUACAACUACCUUCUCCGCUACCUCCAGAGUGACAAUAACACCGCGCUGUGCAGAGUCCUCACCUGGCACAUCCACCUGGAUGUGCAGCCCACCAAGAGGACGGACUACCAGCUCUACGCCAGCGGCGGCCCCUCCCGGGGCGAGGGCGGCGGCCUGGAGCCUGCCGACGUGCCUGCGCCCAUCCUGCAGAACGAGGCCGCGCUGGAGGUCCUGCAGGAGAGCAUUAAGCGUGUCAAGGACGGUCCCCCCUCUCUCACCACCAUCUGCUUCUACGCCUUCUACAACACGGAGCAGCUGCUGAACACGGCGGAGGUCUCCCCGGACAGCAAGUUGCUCGCCGCUGGCUUUGACAACUCCUGUAUAAAACUGUGGAGUCUGCGCUCCAAGAAGUUAAAAUCCGAACCGCAUCAAGUAGACGUGUCCCGCAUCCACUUGGCUUGUGAUAUCUUGGAGAAGGAGGACGACGAGGACGAUAACGCAGGCUCGGAGAUGAAGGUCCUGCGGGGACACUGCGGGCCAGUGUACAGCACCAGGUUCCUUGCGGACAGCUCGGGGCUGCUCUCCUGCUCUGAGGACAUGUCCAUCAGGUACUGGGACCUCGGCAGCUUCACCAACACCGUGCUGUACCAGGGCCACGCCUACCCCGUGUGGGACCUGGACGUCAGCCCGCACAGCCUGUACUUCGCCAGCGGGUCCCACGACCGCACGGCCCGGCUGUGGGCGUUUGACCGGACGCACCCGCUACGCAUCUAUGCCGGGCACCUGGCGGACGUGGACUGCGUCAAGUUCCACCCCAAUUCAAACUACUUAGCCACGGGCUCGACCGACAAGACGGUCCGGCUGUGGAGCACCCAGCAGGGGAACUCGGUGAGGCUCUUCACGGGCCACCGCGGCCCCGUGCUCUCUCUGGCCUUUUCCCCCAACGGUAAGUACUUGGCGUCGGCGGGCGAGGACCAGCGGCUGAAGCUGUGGGACUUGGCGUCUGGGACCCUCUACAAAGAGCUUCGGGGCCACACGGACAACAUCACCAGCCUCACCUUCAGCCCGGACAGCAGCCUGAUCGCGUCGGCGUCCAUGGACAACUCGGUGCGCAUCUGGGACAUCAGGAGCGCGCACUGCAGCGCACCCGCCGACGGCUCGUCCAGCGAGCUCGUGGGCGUCUACACCGGCCAGAUGAGCAACGUGCUGAGCGUGCAGUUCAUGGCCUGCAACCUCCUGCUGGUGACCGGAAUCACACAAGAAAAUCAGGAACAUUGA